AUGGUGCUGGGUUGUUUCUUCCGUCUGUGUACGACCAAGGUCAACAUAAAUAUGCAUCACACUGACCUACAUAGACUAGGGAGGAGCAGGUUGAAAAGACUAUCAAAUACAAUAAGUGAUAAAUCUUAUCAUAAGAGCAGACAGAAUGCCUGUUCUAUUCAAUGUCAACACAAGAGUGUCUUAAAAAUAAAUUCGCUAACCGCGUCUGCGUGUAUAAACUUUUUAAUCGCUCAAGCAAAGUGUCUGCUAGAAACCGAGACAGUAGAUCAAAGCAGCGACUGUUGCAUCAGAAUGAAUGAAAAAGUCGCGGAACUCGAGAGCACGGUUUUUUCGAACGACACCAAGGCCCUUUGGGUGUUUGCAUACGGGUCCUUGUGCUGGCUGCCGGGCUUUCAGUUUCAUAAGGCUGUUACUGGACAUGUCAAGGGGUACAACCGAAGAUUUUGGCAGGGUAACACCACCCAUAGGGGAACGGAAGACAAACCUGGAAGGGUGGCCACACUAGUAGAAGACCCAGUUGGAUCUGUACAUGGACUGGCGUUCGCUAUAAGCGGUGAAGCAGCUAUACCCUACCUAUCCAAAAGGGAAUGCGAAUUGGGGGGUUAUAUAUCACAAUUCACGGAUUUCCACCCCGCCAAAGGGCAACCCUUUAAGGUAUUACUUUAUGUGGCCACCAUUAAGAAUCCCCUGUGGCUUGGAGACGGCAAAGUGAAGGAUAUAGCACGACAAGUAACGGAGUCGAGGGGCCCGAGCGGGCACAACGUCGAAUACGUGGUUAGGCUGGCUAACUUUAUGCGCGAGCAUUUUCCCGAACAUCCCGACCACCACCUCUUCGAGUUGGAGAAAGACGUUUUGGCGAUAGUCGGUGAGAAAAACAUGUGCCUUAGUAAAUUGAUGGGGACCGGUCAGGGCUGUGUCAAGUUUGUGAAAAAGGAUCACAGUGCCAGCAACGCGAACAACGAUCAAAAUAAUCCCGAACGGGUCGACUCCUUCGAGCACACGACUAGAGUUCCUGAGAAAACUUUGCGCUGUUCAUGCCGCGAUGAACUACCUGUUCAGGUGGGUGGUUCCGUGACUUCGACAGGUGGGGUGGCAGUUCACUUCACGCUUUUAAACUUAGGUUUAGGAUUAGGUUUUAAAUGCACUGACUAUGCACUGUAUUUUUUUAUAUUUCAGAGCGGAGAAACUAUUACGACUCGACCGUAG